CUUUGGCACUAUAUUAUCAGUUUUAUUUCAUGUAAAUUAAUAUUUAUGAAUAAUGUGUGAAAAAACAAAAUAAUUUUUUUCUUUUAUAGGUUAAGUCUGUUAAGACUGGUGCUGUAUCUUGGUCUGCAUUAACAGCACUUUCAUAUUUUUAUAUGGUGUCUGCAUGGGGAGGAUAUGUUUUCAUCAUCAAUCUAAUACCUCUACAUGUGUUUGUGCUGCUUAUCAUGGGAAGAUUUUCUCAGAGAAUAUUUGUUGCCUAUACGACUUUCUACAUCUUGGGCCUUCUUCUGUCAAUGCAAAUUCCAUUUGUUGGAUUUCAGCCAGUUCGUACUAGUGAGCAUAUGGCUUCUGCUGGAGUUUUUGUGUUACUAAAUGCCUAUGCAUUUUUACAAUAUUUGCAAACAUUUUUGACUAAAGUAGAAGUCAAAACAGUCUUUUUUGUAUCCAUUAGUAUGAUAGCAGCCAUGGUAUUUAUGACAGUAGUAGUUCUGACUUAUACUGGAUAUAUUGCACCUUGGAGUGGACGUUUCUAUUCUCUUUGGGAUACUGGUUAUGCAAAAAUUCACAUUCCCAUAAUUGCAUCAGUGUCUGAACAUCAGCCAACAACUUGGUUUUCAUUUUUCUUUGAUUUGCAUGUGUUGAUUCCUACAUUUCCUGUUGGACUGUGGUAUUGCAUUAAAAAUGUGAAUGAUGAAAGAGUGUUUAUUGUAUUAUAUGCUAUAACUGCUGUAUACUUUGCUGGUGUCAUGGUACGACUGAUGCUCACUCUGACACCCGUUGUAUGCGUGUUAAGUGCCAUUGCAUUUUCUGACUGCUUCACUCUAUACAUGCAAGAGGACGAGAAUCCAAAAUCUGUUGCGGGAUCUACAGACAGUGACAGUGAAGAGAGUGACAAUGGAGGAGAUAAGAAAGGAAAUAAAAAUCUUUAUGAUAAGGCAGGAAAAAUUCGCAAAAUUAAACCAGAUCAAUCAAAAGAAAAUCAAGGAUUAGGAAAUAAUGUGAGAAGUAUUGUUGUCAUUGUGUUGAUGAUUAUACUUAUGAUGUUUGCUGUUCACUGCACUUGGGUCACAAGCAAUGCCUAUUCUAGUCCUAGUAUUGUUCUGGCAAGUUACAGUUCGGAUGGAUCUAGGGUAAUUUUAGAUGAUUUCCGAGAAGCAUAUUAUUGGUUAUCUCAAAACACGGCUGACAAUGCUAGAGUUAUGUCCUGGUGGGAUUAUGGUUAUCAAAUUGCUGGGAUGGCUAAUCGCACAACUCUUGUAGAUAAUAAUACUUGGAAUAACAGUCAUAUUGCUCUGGUUGGUAAAGCUAUGGCUUCAAAUGAAAGUGCAGCAUAUGAGAUAAUGAAAUCUCUAGAUGUAGACUAUGUCCUUGUCAUAUUUGGAGGAGUCAUAGGUUAUUCAGGAGAUGAUAUAAACAAGUUUUUAUGGAUGGUCCGAAUUGCAGAAGGAGAACAUCCCAAAGAUAUACGUGAAACAGAUUAUUUUACCGAUCGGGGAGAAUUUAGAGUGGACGAACACGGUUCUCCGACUUUACUUAAUUGCCUGAUGUAUAAAUUAAGCUACUUCAGGUUCGGCGAAUUACAGCUGGAUUACAGAACUCCUUCGGGAUUCGAUCGGACACGUAACACGGAAAUCGGAAACAAAAAUUUUCAGUUGGAACAUUUGGAGGAAGCUUACACCACAGAACAUUGGCUAGUCCGUAUCUACAGAGUGAAGAAAGAGAGCAAUCGUCCCCGUAUCCCCUAUACCGAACGCACCAUCAAAUCGUCUCGCGUGUUUAUAUCCAAAAAGACAAAUAAGAGGAGGAAAGGAACAAUUAAGAGCAGACCUGUGGUGGUGAAAGGAAAACGCGUGUCCAGAAGUACAAAGAACUGAAUUUUUAUUAAAGAUGUGUGAUAUUCAGACACGAAUAAUGGCUCCAUAUCCCAUAAUGCCUUGUCCACGGGUCUGGUGCUGUGUUUCCUUCAUCACGGUGACGAGUGCCUCACAUUGAUCGCACUUGUCCUGCCACACCGGACUUGUCCGCCGAGUGCAGACCGCACGCCUACGGACAAUCAAAGUUCAGCUCAACUUGAGGCAUUUUCACUUAGAAAAAUUUGUACAGAAAAACUACGUGUUGUUGCAAGUUCAAGAAAAGUGUUGUUUAAAAAAGAAUGCAUUUGAAUAAACAGACGAGCGAGUCACAUUUUUACGUAAAGAAAAUUUUAAAAAAA